GUUAAGAGAAGUUGCGAAUAUCCCGUGUGCGGCUCAGUGCCCUGGAAUAGAAGCUGAGACCCCUGAGCUUGUCCGACAUGACUCUCCUACUCUGCUUGUUACUGUCUUCCCUGAAUGCUUUCCAGGCUACUCCUGCACCUUCCUUGUUCCAGCCCCAACCCUCAGUGGUCAGUGGACAGGGAAACCCACAGAUCCUGUGCCAGGUCCUGGGUAGCCCCGCUAUUGCCCAUGUCCUAUCUUGGUAUCAGCAACUUCCUGGGAAAGGCCCAACCUUUCUGCUGAGUCAGAGGGAAGGAGCUGCCCCAACCUACGGUCCUGGUGUCACCCCACGUUUCCUGUCUGAGCUAGACCCCAAAAAGAACAGCGUCCGCCUCACUGUUGGCAAUGCCAGCCCUGAAGAUGUGGGCAUGUACUAUUGUGCACUGUGGAAUGCUGACCAGUACAUCUUUGGAGAAGGCACUCAGCUCCUCUAUCAGGCUGAGAAGUUGCCUCUGGCCCCCCAUCCACCUCAACUGACCCUGCUAACGUCAGGCCCUGGUUCUCCCAUACUGUGUGUGGCUCUGGGGCACCAGCCUGCCCCGCUGAGGCUCUCGUGGGUCUUGGAGGGCCAGCUGCAGAGUGGGACAGAGGUAGAGAGCCUGAUGGAGGAUAUGGGCGACACUGUGUUCAGCACACUGCAUCUGUCCAAGAGGACCCUCGGAGGCACCGUCAUCUGCAAGGCAGACCAUGAGACAGGGACCUCAGCUGUUACCCUGUGGCUGCCUCCUUCCAAGAAGCAGGCUAAGUGUUUCUGGAAUCCAGAGUGCCUGAACAGUCUGGAUGCAGGGGAGGCCUGUCAUGGGGGUCAGGAAAAUGACCAGAACAAACUAGCCCAGCUGGAGAGGACCCUCACUUUUGCCCUGAAUUGCUACGUGGGACUGCUAGGAGGAGUUAAACUCUAUGCACUGCUUCUGGUUGUUCUGAUGGCGAGCCGACGAUCCCCUGCACUCUUUGCUGGUUUCCAGGUUCACCAGAGGCCCAAGGGAGGGCCAACUUUCCAGACCCAUUUGAGCUGAGGGCCCACUUUUGGUCAGCUUUCACAUUACCUCCCUGAUCUUGUCCUUUCUCCCAGACUUACCAGUCACCUGCCCUCUCUGCAUCCCUACC